AUGUUAAAGGUGGAGCUCUCAGCAGGAUGGCGUCGCUCACGCUGCAGCUGCUCAGCCUGAUGCUCAUGGUUUCAGCUGCGACUGCUUGGUACUACAGGUACUAUGGAGGCUCGGUGACCUUCACUCCUACAGGACGACAACCGGACGGGACCUUUGAGGUGGAGUUUCGUGACAAACAAGCUUCCCCCUCCUGCUACCAGAACAGCUACACUUGUUACUAUGGCGACUGUGGAUGGCAGACCCAGAGUUCCAGCUCAUUCAUCGCCUACAACUACAACUACGAUUACUGGUGCCAAAACGAGCUAAAGACGGUGAGAAAGCUCAGCAGCAACCGCCCCUUUGCCAUCAGGUAUCCCACUUACUAUGAUUACUGGAAUGGCUUUGGAUACUGGAUGUAUAACAUCAGAAGCAAUGACGCUCCUAUGGAGAUGACGGCACAUGUGGACCUGGGAACCCGCUCUGAUACUGGACAACCUAACAACCCUCCCGUUUCUUCCACGCUUCCUGUCAUCAGAAUUCCAAGGAACUGCCCUCGAUCCAUAAACCUGACAGUGUUUGACCCUGAUGGCGACCGGUUCCGAUGCAGAGUACCGACAGAUCGUAGCACAUAUGAGUGUGGGCUGUGUGGUCUGCCCCCUGAGUUCACUGUAGACCAGAAUGCCUGCUCUGUAACAUAUCAGCCUGACUACAAUUAUUACUAUUACUACGGCUACGUUCCCAUUGAGCUGGUGCUGGAGGAUUUUCCACACCGUCACAUUUCACUGUCUUAUUCUGAUGGAUCCUACACAUUAAAGGAACCGUUAUCACUGCAUAGGCACAAACGUCAAGCUACAAUCAGAGAAGCUCCAACAACAACCACAGAAGCUCCAACAACAACCACAGAAGCUACAACAACAACAACCACAGAAGCUAUAACAACAACAACCACAGAAGUUCCAACAACAACCACAGAAGUUCCAAUAACAACAACCACAGAAGCUACAACAACAACCACAAAAGCUACAACAACAACCACAGAGAUUCCAACAACAACAACCACAGAAGUUCCAACAACAACCACAGAAGUUCCAACAACAACCACAGAAGCUACAACAACAACCACCACCCAAACGCCAUUUACCACAACCACCACACCACCUUUCACCACAGUCGUACUUGCUACAGGCAGUUACCAACCAUCAAUUCCUGCUUUAAGCAAAGUCCCUCUGCAGUUUAUGGUUUAUAUUGACGCAGACGUCCCUUCCUGCCUUGAAGGUGAUUACAUCCCCAUCUUCUCGUCUCCAACUCCGUAUAAUGGAGCGACUCUUCCUGCAUAUGUCAACCGCACCCUGACCAUCAAAGUCAGAUCCUCAGCACAGUACAGCAUAAUUAAUGACCUGAUCACCACUGGACCCAGCGGCAUUUCAAAGCAGAGAAUCUCCACGGAGGAGUUUCACCUCACAUGGACUCCAACAGAUCAAGACCUCAAUCACAAUAUUCCUAUCUGCUUUGUGUCUCAAGCUUACUACAACUACUACUACUGGUACUGGUACUACUACUACCAAGCUGUUUACUCUGAGCUGCGCUGUGUGGUUGCCAACGUUGCACAUCAUGAGGCCAAAGUGACAUGCAGUGAAACAGCCAUAAAGGUGGAGGUGGAGAAAGACAACCUCAUCAGACGCAACGAGAACAAGCUGCACCUGUUCGGCUUCACAGAUCCUUCUUGUAACCUGGCAGCUCUCUCCAACUCCACCCACCUGGUGGCUGAAAUCUCUCUGAACGCUUGUGGAACCCUCAUAGAGGAGGAUGACACAAACAUCAUCUUCAGGAACGCAAUCGCAGCUGCCGACCCACGUGCAGUGAUUUCCAGGAACAAUAAUGUAGAGGUGGGCUUUCAGUGCGUUUAUCCCAAGAGGAGCAACCUGACCCUGGAGUUCAGGCACAAGAACCCCUACGCCUUCACAGACCAAGGCUUCGGCACCUUCAGCUUCCAGUUUGAGUUCUUCGAGAGCCAGAGGUUCCUCAGACUAAUAAACGGCAGCAGAUACCCAGUGGAGGUGGACGUUGAGCAGAUGAUGUUCAUGCAGAUCGAGGCGGCGACCUCCAUCCCCAACGUACAGCUGUUUGUGGAGUCCUGCAGGGCGACUCCCUACGACAACCCUAACUCUCGCAUCAGCUACACCAUCAUUGAAAACGGGUGUGUGAGGGACAAAACAGUGACAACGUAUUCUGGCUCCAACCUGCAGUUCAGGUUUGGAAUGGAGGCAUUUGAAUUCAUUGGAGCUCAGCCAGAGGUCUACAUCACCUGCUCAGUCAUCCUGUGUGAGAGGGGGGUCCCUGGAACCAGGUGCUCUCAGGGAUGCAUCCAACCCCACCAUCGUGGCAAAAGGGAGUCUGCAGCCCAGAGUAGCAGACACAUGAUUUCCCAGGGUCCUCUGCGUCUGGCUAGAGCUGCUGACAGUCCAGCAUCUGGCCUGACUUUGAAUCUGAGCACAAACAUUGUCUUCAUUGUUGGUGUCCUCCUGGUGUGUGGAGUGGUGGUCUACAGGGCUAAGAGGUCCAGAUCUCAAUAUCAGCGCCUGCCAACAUUUGAGUCUGACUAAGGACAAAGAUGUCGCUUUCAGUUAGUUGGUCUAAGUGUAAACAGUGAUAAAUAAUAAAAAAUACUGCUGUAUUUUCUUUCUAUAUUGGUAGUUUUGAUCAAAACAUAAAAUUGUGUUUUGAAUCAGUGUGCAGGGCAUUAAAUAACAAAUUGAUUUUGGUGGUUUCAGCAUCAUUCUUUACUUUAAUAACUAGAGCAGCUAUUUAGUUUUGGAGACCUUGGAAUUCUAUUCUAUUGUUUUAAAUGUGUGGGUUCACAGUGAGGCUGCUGUAAGAUAGCUGCUUUUUUGCUGCUGUUGUGGAAACAAAUUGUUGUUCAAUUACUUAUUCUGAAAUGAAAAUUUGUGUUUAAUUGUUUUAAAAUAAACAAUCACCGUUGAUUAUCAAAGUCG